AUGUGCAGCAAUACAAAUUUGUACAACACGUUUGCAAGAAAAUCAUCUUUAAAUGGCGACUUAACGAAACAUAAGUUCGAGCGUUUACGCCGCAAUGGAAACAGAACUACUCGAUUUUCUAAGCUUUUAUUGACAUGCGCCUUGGUCCUUCUAUGUCUAUUGCCGGCGUUCACCCAACGAGGAGGUUCUAUUUCCGAAAUGCAACUUAGCAACAAUGCGAGAAGCUUGGCAAUGCAGAAAAUGGGAAGAGAUCCCUGGUCUGGUCCUUCAAGAAGCGUCUUAGACGAUCCUGAAUUUCAAAUUAUUGUAGAAAAGUGGGCCGAUUUUGAGAGCAGGAUGCAAAAGAAAUGGGAAUACAUAGAUUACCUAGAAUAUGAUGCAUGGUAUAAACUCAUGUUUGGAACCUGGUUAAUAGGAUUUCUAAUGAUGGACAAAGCAUCCGACAUUACACGCAUGUUUGAGACUUGGAUAGAUAUGUGCCAAAUAAUGGGAAUGAAACGUACGCAUAAAAAUCAAGAAGACAACGAAAUUUUAGUUGGGGUCAUGAAAAAACUGAAACAUAAAGCUUUCAAUAAAUUAAUUAAAAACUGGGAUGUCGAGGUAGAAGAUUACUGGAAUGAUAUCGUAAGAAUGAAGAUGGAAAAAAAUAUGGAAUGGUGUAAUUAUCUAAGAGAAAAAUGUAACGCUUGGAUAAGCUACCAUUUCAGUUGA